AUGGAACAAGAUAAAGUCAACGAGAGUGAUACUAAUGGAUUGAAAAAAGGGCAAUGGUCAACACAAGAGGAUGAAAUAUUAGCAGCAUAUGUUAAAGAACAUGGAGAAGGAAAUUGGAAUUUAGUUUCCAAGAAUUGCGGACUUGCUCGAUGUGGAAAAAGUUGUCGUUUUAGAUGGUUGAAUCAUCUAAAAUCAGAUUUAAAAAGAGGUCCAUUAAGUAUUGAAGAAAAACAAAAAAUCAUUCGACUUUAUGAUACGUUGGGACCCAAAUGGUCUAAAAUGGCUAUCGAGUUGCCUGGAAGAACAGAUAAUGAAAUAAAGAAUUUCUGGAAUAUAAGAAAAAGGAAACGUGAAAAAGAAGGCUUACCUCCAUUGUAUCAUAGAAGCAUAAAACAUGAAGAUGAAAACAACUCUAAAUUUCAAGACUCAUUCCAUAAUGUUCCAAAUAUGGUACAAAAUAAUGUGGACAAUACUUCUAUAAGCAAUAAUAUUAGCCCAACAUUGAUUAAGAGGGGUGAGAUUGAAAUUCCUUAUAUGAAAUUGGAGAUGAUAUCAGAACUGCCUCCAUUACCACCAAGUUUAGAAAUUCAAAAUUUUGAAUAUCCACUUUUUUCCAAUACAAUGUCUAAUUAUGAGUAUACUACAUAUUCACCUCCAACACUUAUGGAAACUCAAUAUGAGAUGUCACAACCAAUUUCUCCAAGAAGCAAUGGUAUGUUGGAAUCCAUAUUCUAUAAUCCAAAUAUUUUGGAAGACUCUCAAAUUAAAUUGAUUGAUGAAGAAGGAAAGAAUCCCAUUUCUUUGGAGAAAGAUGUUGAAGCAAACUAUGGAUUGUUGAAGAAUGAUACUAAUAAGAUUCCAAAUGAUAUAAAGGAUACCUUGUACGCAAUUAUUUAUGGAAAAGGUAUCCCAGGUUUCCCUUAG